AUGGUCGUCUGGAUACAGUUUCCAGGUCUACCAGUGCAUUUUUAUCACAAGGAGCUUCUUUUCACCCUCGGAAAUCUUAUUGGGAGGUCCAUCAAGCUUGACUUUCAUACGCAAAAUCAACAACGAGCCAAAUUUGCGCGAAUGGCGGUAGAAGUGGAUCUCUCAAAACCUUUGGUUCCCAGAAUUAGAUUAGAUGGGUAUUGGCAGAAGGUAGAGUAUGAAAAUCUGCCUAUGGUGUGCUUUGAGUGUGGCAGGGUGGGUCACACUAACCUAUCUUGCCCCGAUCUUAAUCGGCGACAAGGGGAGGAAGGAAAGACGGUGGCCUUGCCGGCAGGAGAUGCUUCGAACGGCGACACGAAGGCGGAAUCGAACGCGGGAUACGGCCCGUGGAUGGUGGUCACGCGAAAAUCGUGGCGGAACCAAGGAGAACAGAUCAAACAUGGAAGGUUGGAGGCAGAGAUGGAAACUAACAACGGCUCUCUUAGAAUUGAGGAAAGGAAAGAAGUACUUUCCAUGGGAAAGUCAUAUUCUCAAAAUAAUUCAAGGAUUCAGCCUAAGCAACGGGUCUCUGCUGAGAACAAACUGGAGGCGGACAAAAAGGGCAAGAACAAUGAAAAGAAUGGUAAGGGAGAUAACAAGGGGAAGGGUAAGGUUUUGGGUCACAAUUCGAAGUUGGGCGAAGGCCUUCUUGGGCCGCAUCCGAUGGAGGCCUCGUCCAGUAGGCCCAUGGGAGAAGACAGCCAGAGUUUCAUUCCGGUUUCUCCUUCGAACAAGGCCACUAAGGAGAAAAGGGCUGAGCAGCAUAAGCCCAUUGGAAAUGAUACGGGGCCAACCAGCCACCCCCCUGUGGCUACCCAGACUGUCUCCGAGAACAAUGGAACCAGAAUCCGGGUCGUGGAAGCCCAGCCCUACACACCACCUCCGCCACGGGUCGUCGACCCGGAAGCUCCAUCGGCAGUCGCGCGAACGAAGAAGAAGAGUGGGGGAAAGAAGGAGCGAAACAAAGGGAUGCUCACUCCAAAGAAAGGGACCCCAAUCCACCACAACCCAGGGAAACCGCUGCAGAUUUGGACACCAAUCAAGGAAAGGAAGGGACGGAGUAGAGAUAGAAGAGUCUCCCUCACCUUGAAGCAGAUCCAGGAUUGGACGGAGAUGGCAAGGGCGGGGGGUGAUGGGGGUUCGAGUUUAGUCAUCCCUGCCCGAGAGGAAACGAUGAACACAGAGGCCACAGGGAACGCGGAGGCCACUGAUCGCCCGUCCGGAUGA